GGCGGUUUUGGAUGCGAAGGAUUUGAUUGUUUUCAGGUUUUCUGCAUUUGAGUAUUAUUUUAUUAAUUUUAUAGUUGAAGCUGUGUUCUAUUUUUCUAGAUUCGUUCGAUCAGUUUUUCACCUCGGUUUACACUAAUCUCGCAUCGCGCAAUCCCAUACGAAUUCUCCAAGACCAGCGCCAAAAGAACAACCAUCAUGGCCCCUACAAAACCAACCAAAGACUCCUCCAAGAAAUCCUCUAAAUCUCCCUCCUCGUCCUCCAAAGUCUCCAAGAACAAGGAUGUCAAGCGCCCACCUCCUAAAGAAGUCAAAGCCAAAGCCCGCACCGAGCCUUCCCAAUUGAAGAAGAAGCAGAGGCGCGAGUAUACAGAGGACGAGCUUGAUCUACCGAAGUUGAAUAUGAUUACGCCGGCAGGCGUGGUUAAACCCAAGGGAAAGAAGAAGGGAAAGAAGUUUGUUGACGAUGCGGAGGGUAUGAUGACGAUUAUGGCGAUGGUUAAUGCGGACAAGGAGGGACAGAUCGAGUCGAAGAUGAUGAAGGCUCGUCAGUUGGAGGAGAUCCGGCAAGCGAGGAUUAAAGAGACAGAGGCAAGGCAGGCGCAGAAGAAGUCGAAGUUGGACAACGUCAAAGAUUCGAUCCGUAACAAGAAGCGCAAGGGUGACGACAAAGAAGACUCGAAAUCCAAGUCUACAACAGAAGAGAAAAAGGGAAAGAGGAAGAGCGUUGCUUUUGCUUGAGGGGUGUAAAAUUCAAAAGUUGUUUUGCGUUCUAUGUUUCGUUCUAUGUUUCUUGUCUAUACCAAAGACUAUGUACUUAGAUGGGUUUGGCUUCUGGCGUUCCGGUCUAUGCCUCUAUAUACUGAAUGGCGCUGUGCAUCAUGAAUCCUCUAAAACAGAACAAACAAAGCUAGAUCUUCGUAAUGCAUAUGCACGU